AUGGGUUCCAACACUGAGCAGUCUCCCGACAGAGAACUUUCCGUUCUCUUCGUCUGCCUGGGGAACAUCUGCCGUUCUCCAAUGGCCGAAGCUGUUUUCAAACACCACAUCUUGGACCUCCCCACUACAUCGUCCCUGAAAUUUAAAACCAUCGACUCCGCAGGCACGGGCGCAUAUCAUGUCCACUCACCACCGGACCCACGUACGAUGUCUACACUACAGCGACACAACAUCACCAAGUACCGCCACGCGGCUCGUAAGGUUAAUAAAGCGGAUUUCAAAGAGUUCGACUACAUUUUCGCCAUGGACGAUUCCAAUCUCUACGACCUGCAAGAGCUGCAGGAGAAGGUGGUAAGGGACAACGAGAAGAAGGGAGCAGCAGCAGACGGCCUGGCGGAGUUGAGGCUGUUCGGCGACUUUAAUCGCGACGGGAGUGUCUGCGAGAAGGUGGGUGGCGGGAAGAGUGUGCCAGACCCGUAUUAUGGCGGGAAUGAUGGAUUCGAGGACGUUUUCCACCAGGUGGUGGGACAUACGGAAGGGUUCUUAAAGUAUUUGGAAAAGAAGACAGAGGCUAACUGA